ACCUCUCCAUGCCAUGCACACACGCAAAGAUUAAAAGAAGAAAAAAAAGCCACAACCACAAUCAUCAUAACCACCAAAAAAAGCUCUCUCUUUUCAUUCAUUCAUAUCUCAUUCUCCAAAUUAAAUUCCCUAUAAUAAUUAUUAACAACCACAUAGUAUAUAUAUAAAUACAUGUAUAGCUUUUCAUAAAUAAAAAGAAAAAAAAUUAUAAGCUAAUAAAAUUCUCGUCUUUCGAACUUGAUCCACUCCUUUUUCUUUUCUUCUUUUCUUAGAGAUGAUCGUCCCUGUUACCACUAACAACCCAAAUAACCAAUCUCCCAACACAAAAACUGACAACAACAACAACAAUAAUAUUCCGAACAACAACAUCGUAUUUCAUCAAAUAAUUCCCAAUCUCUGUUACGAGCCCACUUCUGUUCUAGACCUGGGUCGUAGCCCAAGUCCGGUACUGGCGGCGCCAGGUGGCGGUGGCGGGAAACCAGCCAACAACAACAACAACAAGGUAGUUAUUAAUAAUAGUAAUAAUAAUAAUAAUAAUAAUUCGGACGACGUCGUUUUGAGUACUCAAACGACAAAUGAUCAUCAUAAUACGCUGGAGUGGCCUGUGGACGAUCAGGUUUUGCAUAACUUGGAUUGGGAUAAUAUCAUGAGAGAAUUGGGUUUACAUGAUGAUUCUGUCCCUUCUCCUUUCAAAACAGCUUCUACUAAUACAACUACCACCAACGCUACUACUCAUCAUCAGAUCAUCACGGCCGAUAAUCAUGAUCAUCCUCAGCCCUUCGAUCCAACUAUUGCUACUACUACUGAUCAUCACUUCAACUUAUUCUCUGAUAAUCAUAAUUUGAAUCUCUUUCAGGUUUCCCCUGAUUUUCAAAAUAAUAAUAAUAAUAAUAAUAAUAAUUGGAAUAUUGGGUUUGAUUUUAUUGAAGAUCUUAUCCGAGUUGCUGACUGUUUCGACUCGGACGAUUUACAACUCGCUCAGGUUAUACUAGACCGUCUCAACAACCGAGUCAGAUCUAGUAAUAUUAACAAUAAUAAUAAUAAAGGAGUACAACAACAGGGUGGUCGACCGUUUCAACGUGCUGCUAUUUACUUCAAAGAAGCUCUUGAGUCAAUUCUCUCCGGUUCGAACCGGACCACAGGUCGACUCUCUUCAUGGGCCGAAAUUGUUCAGACCAUCAGAGCCCAUAAGGCCUUUUCGGAUAUCUCGCCUAUCCCGAUGUUUACUCAAUUCACUACCAAUCAAGCUCUACUCGAAGCCCUUGGUGGGUCCACCUUCAUUAUCCACGUCAUCGAUUUCGACAUCGGACUCGCCGGACACUACGCUUCGCUCAUGAAGGAACUCGCCGAAAAAUCCGAGUCUCUCCGAGUUAACUCGCCUGUUCUCCGAGUUACGGCCGUUGUUCCCGAGGAAUACGCGGUGGAGAGCCGAUUAAUUCGGGAAAAUCUCACCCAGUUUUCUCAAGAUCUCAAGAUCAGAUUCCAAAUCGACUUCGUACUCGUCCGUGUCUUUGAAGCGCUUUCGUUUAAGGCUGUUAAUUUUAGGGAAGGAGAAAAGAUCGCCGUGAUUUUUUCCUCCGCCGUGUUGCGCCGCCACGGCGGCGGGUUUCUUGGAGAAGUGAGGCGGGUUUCGCCGGCGGUUGUGGUUUUUGUCGACGGAGAAGGUUGGGGUGGCGAGCCCGGUACGGCUCCGACGACGUCGUUUAGGAGGAAUUUCGUUGGUGGAUUGGAGUUUUACUCGAUGGUUUUGGAGUCGCUUGAUGCGGCCAUGGUGGGAUCGGAGUGGGUAAGGAAGAUCGAGGCGUUUGUGCUGAAACCGAGGAUUGUCAUGGCGGUGGAAGCUGCUUCUGCGGCGGCAGCUGCUGUCGGCGGUGGGAGAAGAACGGCGUCGUUUCGUGAGAUGUUUCAUGGAGCCGGGAUGAGGCCGGUCCAGCUCAGCCGGUUCGCGGAUUUUCAAGCCGAGUGUUUACUGGGAAAGGUUCAAGUGAGGGGUUUCCACGUGGCGAAACGACAAGCUGAGUUGGUGCUUUGUUGGCAUGAGCGGGCCCUUGUUGCCACGUCAGUGUGGAGGUGUUAAGAGGAUUAAAAAUGUUAAUUAAUUUAGGGUAUAAUUUUAAUUCUCUCUUUAUUUAUAUUAUUAAUUAGUUAUUAAAAAAAAAAUGAGAGGGUUAGGAGGAGGAGGGAGGUCUGGGGAUGUAUAAAUUAAUUGUAAGAGAAGCAUCCAUGACCAUAUAUUAAUGGUUUUAUUUAAGUGUUUUUUAGUUUGUGUUGCUGUCUACUUGGUUGUUAUAAUCCUUUUUUGAUCUUUUUAUAUAUUUGGGAGCUUUUGCUUGUA